CGGAGACGCACAGAGCGCUGGGCCUCCAGCCCUGCGUACCCUGGGGGCUGCCGGCUGGGAUAGGGUCCGAGGUCACAGCCGGGCAGGGCAAAGGGCGUGGCCUCGCCUCCCCAAGCGCGGGGCCGGACGGGGUUAGGGUAGGGAGGCCGUCGAGGGCGGAGCGUGGCCCGGCGGGGAGGAGCUGCUCCCCUGCACGGUUCGGGGCGGGGCCUGUGGGCACUAAGGAAAGCAGAGGAGGCGUGUCCAGGGCGUGUCCUCUGGGUGGGCCUGGCAGACUCUGCUGAGUUCCCCACUGCCUCUGGGAACACAACCGAGGAGGACCGAGCCAAGACUGCGCAGUCGGACGCUGACUGGGGCGCGAGCGGGCGACCUCGGACUUGCAGCGCCGAGCAGAGAGCAGAAAGCAGAGUCAUCCGUGCUCUGCUGUACGAGUGACAGAUUGGUGAGGGGAGCAGCGGAACGGCACCCAGCCAGGGGGCUGCGCCGACCUUGGGGCAGGACUCGGGUUCUGAGGGCCGGAUUUGAGACACGCUGCCCUGGUCCCAGCCUGCUGUUCCCCAGGUGAGGAGGCAGUGCAGGGAGCAUCAGGACCAGCAGGAUGGGGUCUGCCUGUGUCAAAGUCACCAAAUACUUUCUCUUCCUCUUCAACCUGCUCUUCUUUAUCCUGGGGGCAGUGAUCCUAGGCUUCGGGGUGUGGAUCCUGGCUGACAAGAGCAGCUUCAUCUCUGUCCUGCAAGCCUCCUCCAGCUCGCUCAACACCGGGGCCUACGUCUUCCUCGGCGUGGGUGUGGUCACCAUGCUCAUGGGCUUCCUGGGCUGCGUGGGUGCCGUCAACGAGGUCCGCUGCCUGCUGGGGCUGUACUUCGCCUUCCUCCUCGUGAUCCUCAUCGCCCAGGUGGCCGCCGGAGUCCUCUUCUACUUCAACAUGGGCAAGCUGAAGCAGGAGAUGGGCAGCAUCGUGUCGGAGCUCAUCCAGAACUACAACGGCAGCCGGGAGGACAGCCUGCAGGAGGCCUGGGACUAUGUGCAGGCUCAGGUGAAGUGCUGCGGCUGGACCACCUUCUACAACUGGGCUAACAACACGGAGCUCAUGAGCCGCACCAACGUCACCUACCCCUGCUCCUGUGAGCGGAGCGGGGAGGAAGACGUCAACUUCUCAGUGAAGAAGGGCUUCUGCCAGGCCCCCCACAACAGGACCCAGAGCGGCAACGACCCCGAGGACUGGCCGGUGUACCAGGAGGGCUGCAUGGAGAAGGUGCAGGCAUGGCUGCAGGAGAACCUGGGCGUCAUCCUCGGCGUGUGUGUGGGCGUGGCCGUCAUCGAGCUCCUGGGAAUGCUCCUGUCCCUCUGCCUGUGCCGGCACAUCCAUUCCGAGGACUACAGCAAGGUCCCCAAGUACUGAGGCCGCCGCAGUCGCCCCCCUGCCAGUUGGACCUCAGGGCUCCCAGGGUCUCCCUGGCUCCCCCCGGCCACCUUCCUCCUCACUGCCAAGGCCUUCCCUUGCCUGUCCUGUGCUGGCUGGCCGUGGGGGGCUCUCGGGCCUGGCCCCCUGCUCUGCCUUUCUGCUGCCAGCCUGCAGCCCUGGCUGCUCUGCGGCGCUCUCGUUCGCUGCCCACUGGGCUUCUCUCGGCAGCUCAGAGACUAUGGGGGAGAGGUGGGUAAGGUCCCCUGUGCUCUGGGGCCCUGGCCCCUGGGUGGGGCCCCUUCUCUCCACUGUGGCACCUGCGCCUUUGGUCUCCACACGCUGGAGGUAGUAGGGGUGGGACGUGGCUGACCUCACCCUGAGGCUGGGUGCCCCUUCCCAGGCCUCCCCCGCUUGGCCCCUGCCGUGGGGCUGGAUCUAGGGGAGCUGGGCUGAGGGAGGUCAGCCUGGGAAGAGGGUCUGGCUUGGCCCCAGCUGCCCAGGGACAGUAAGCGCUCUUGGGGUGUGGCACCAAGCUACCCCGCAGUCUCCAGCAUCCUGGUUGUCCAGGAAAGCAGGGAGAGGACGCCUUUCCUGGGAGGACCUGGGCUGGCCGUUCUUGGCAAGCUGUCCUCCAGCCCCGGGGUGUGGGGUGGGUGAGGCUGUGCCUCGUCGAGGGGAGGGAGGGGUACCUGCAGGUACAGUGCUGUAAAACACGCCGAGCUCCACAGACUAUUAAAGAAGAUUUGUAACAACCCUG